GACUAUGCACUGCGUCACUUCCGGCCCCGUCUCAGGGCGCCCAUAAAGUGUUGCGCGUGGGCGCGCGCCCUCCUCUGGUCCCCUCAGGGCUCGCGGCGCGGUCGGGGGCCGUUGUGGAGCGUGGUGUCAGCAGCUGCAGCGGCGGCGGUUUCUCUGUGUGCGCGCCCGGGGGAGGCCUUACAUAAAGUUUAAAAAUGUCGUAUAUGCUUCCUCACUUACACAAUGGCUGGCAAGUAGAUCAGGCCAUUCUUUCAGAAGAAGACCGUGUGGUGGUCAUCCGGUUUGGACAUGACUGGGAUCCAACUUGUAUGAAAAUGGAUGAAGUGUUAUAUAGUAUUGCUGAGAAGGUAAAAAAUUUUGCUGUUAUUUAUCUUGUGGAUAUCACAGAAGUACCAGACUUCAACAAGAUGUAUGAGUUGUAUGAUCCCUGUACAGUCAUGUUUUUCUUUAGGAAUAAACAUAUCAUGAUUGAUUUAGGUACAGGUAACAACAACAAGAUUAACUGGGCGAUGGAAGACAAGCAAGAGAUGAUCGACAUUAUAGAAACAGUUUAUAGAGGAGCUCGUAAAGGUAGAGGUCUCGUGGUGUCACCAAAAGACUAUUCUACCAAAUACAGAUAUUGACAUUCUGUGACAAUUACCCUCUCUUUUAGUCCACCUCCACAUACACAUAAUUAUCCUUUGUAUAUAAAAGUUGAUUUACAUUUUUUAUUAUGAACGUGUUUUGAACUCUUAUUUAAAAACUUUGUAAAAUUUCAUUUGAAAAAA